AAGCUGUGGAUCCUUCUGGAGGUUUCUCUGAUCAAACCACACACGUUUUAAAGAGCGGAGCGGCAGACAUUUUAGGACAGUAGAAGAAGAAGCUACUACUACUUGUACCACUACUGCAAAUACUACUAAUACUACCUCAAAGUACAGGCCGAGAUGGCUCUGCACUGCUACAACCGAGGCUGUGGAGAGAAGUUUGACCCACACAAGAACAAAGAUGAUUCCUGCGUGUUUCAUCCCGGCGUUCCCAUUUUCCACGACGCGCUGAAGGGCUGGUCCUGCUGCAAGAAGAGAACUACAGACUUCUCAGAGUUUCUCUCCAUUAAAGGCUGCACUAGGGGGCGCCACAGUAACGAAAAGCCCCAGGCGCCGCUUCAGCCCGAGGUGAGCUCCGACAAAGGACAGAACAAAAUGACCAACGGGGCCGAGAUCAUCUACCAGGGGCCCAAGAGCGCAGAGACCCUCCAGAGAGAGAGACCCAGUUCAGAUGAGCCCAGGGUGAUUCUGCCUCAUAAAACCACUGCGUCUCUGGAGCAAAUCCUGCAGAAACUGGACCUGAGCAAGAAACAGGAGCAGGAGCAGAAAGAAAGUCAAGGAGUGACUCCUGGAACUCGCUGCAAGAACGCCGGCUGUAAAACUGUCUACCAAAACACCGACACGGAAAAAGAGACGUGCACGUACCAUCCGGGCGGCCCUGUUUUUCACGAAGGGUACAAAUACUGGAGCUGCUGCUGUAUCAAAACUCUGGACUUUAACGCUUUUCUGGAUCAAAAAGGAUGCUCCACCGGGAAGCACUGCUGGGUCCGGAAACAGGAUAAGAAGAAGGUGGCAUGCCGACACGACUGGCACCAGACCGCAAACACUGUGGUGGUGACGAUUUACGCCAAGAACGCCCACCCCAAGUUUAGCACCAUAGAAGCCAACAGCACUGUGCUCUUCUGUCAAAUCCAGUUUGAAAAUGACAAGGUUUUCAAGCGAGAGUUUCACCUGUGGGGGGUGGUGGAUGUGAAGCAGAGCGGCGUAAACUAUGUCCCGUCCAAAGUGGAGAUCGUGAUGAGGAAAUCCGACCCGGUGUCUUGGGGAAAACUGGAGGAUCCAAACUACAAACCAGAACCAGAACCAGAAGAACUGGACCUGGAGCAGGAGCAGGAUCAGCCCGACUGGGACAUAGAAGAUGACGACAUCAGCGACUCAGACGAGGAGUGGGGCAGCGACUCCAAAAAGGACGAGAACAAAGUCGAGGAGCCUCCUGUGAAGAAGAGCGAGGAGGAGGACCUGAGGGAGAAGCUGGAGGAGAUGCAGAGGCUCCAGAUGGCCCAGGUCCAGGCCGACAUGAAGAAAGCGAUGGAGAAGAGGAAGAGAGACGAAGAGGAGAGAGAGAAGCAGAGACAGAUCGAUGCGCAAGAGGGAUACGAUGACAUGCCCGACCUGGAAGACUAGACCUGGUCAUUUGUGUUCACGCGAUUCAGCUUCAGCAUUUGUGGAUCAUAAGUUUGGAGAUUUCUUCCCCAAAACUGUGAAUAUCUGGUUUUAGAUUCUUGAAUGUGAUGAUGUUGUACAAGGGCAGAGACAGAUUUCAAAUGGUGGAAGUACAAAAGUAAAAGUACAAUUCUUAAGUACAAAUUUUAGAUAUCUCUACAUUUCCAGUGGAUACUUUUUACUUUUACUUCACUACAUUUGAGAACAUGUAUCUGUACUUUCUACUCCUUUACAUUUUAAAUCUGGACUGAAAAGUAAAAAGUACUUUUCUUUACGGUGUGAGACCUGCUGAAAUGGCUGAGACUUAUUUUUAGCACAUUUAAUUUAAGUUAACGUUCCAAUUUUGAAAAAAACAAAUACACAGAAACAUAAAAACAGCUAGAAAUAUUAAGAAAUCACUCAAAUCACUUAAAAUCAGCCAAAUUCUUCAUCAAAAUCACUUUAAUUUUUCAACUUUCAUCUUAUUUAUUUAUCAAAAAUAUGCAAAUACUUUUUCAUUUUACUCUUAAAUAACAUUUUUAAACUGGUACUUUAAUACUUUUAGUAUAUUUUCUCCUGUGAUACUUUUACUUUUACUUGAGUAACUUUUUGCCUCUGUAUCUGUACUUUUACUUAAGUAGCAAAAUUGAGUACUUCAUCCACCACUGCAGAUUUCCUUAUUCAUUACACUAAAUGUUCAUAAGAAAUAUAUAUGUAUUUUUAGCCUUGCAUCUUGUUAUAACAUUGUCCCCUCAUCUAAAACAUGCCUGAAGAGGUUUUAGAUGUCAUCCAUGCAUUUUUGAGUAAUUUAGUGAUCUCUCCUAUGCCCUAUUCACAUUCUCCCUAUAGAGAUUCUCUUGUACGACAAUUCAAAAUAUACAAAUAUACAUACACAUGAUACAAAACUGUACACAGCAACUUUACAAACCUGAUGUGAUGUGCCAUAGUUUAAUUUGUGAGAUGCAUGUGGAAUGAAAGGGGAGUGACUUAGUGCAGGGAGCAAAAAAAAAGUUAUGUGUUAGAAGUUAAAGGGCCCAUCUCAUGCAAAAUCAACUGUUCAGAGUUUUCUACCUUCUAAGAGUGAUGUGUGGGCCUUGUAUAUGUCGCCAAAGUGGUUUUUAGAUUGAUUCAGAGUUUGUUUUUGGUUUUU